AUGAAGGGCAGUGAUGAAACCGGUUUGAAAAAAGGGUUAUGGACGCCGGAGGAAGACCGGAUCCUCGUCGAUUACGUCCAGAGACACGGGCAUGGGAAAUGGAAAUCCGUCGCCACUUCGGCCGGGCUGAACCGGUCUAGCAAAAGUUGUCGGCUCCGAUGGACUAAUUAUCUCCGGCCUGAUAUCAAGAGAGGCAGCGUCUCUGGUGAGGAAGAGCAAACAAUUAUCGAUCUCCAUGCACUACUUGGCAAUAAGUGGUCUACAAUAGCAAGUCAUCUACCCGGAAGAGCAGAUAACGAGGUUAAAAAUCUAUGGAGCACUCGGCUGAAGUGGAAGCUUAUCCAGAUGGGGAUCGAUCCGGUCACCGAUGGACCGACGACCGACGUUCACAGCAUUCUAGCUAGCCAGCUCCAGCUGCUCGCCGCUGUGAAUUUCUGUAACCCCAUAGACAUCAACAGUGCUCUCAUGUUGCAGUCAAAUGCUGCUGCAACGAUUGCCAAAACACUCCAUCUGUUGCACAACAUGAUUGAAGUCAUGGGCACCACUGCCAGUAAUCCCGCGACCGUCGAGAAUCAACCGUUCGGCUACGGCCUCGGACACGAGGUUACGGAAUUGCAGUCGAAUUUUAUCGACCUGGUGGCUUCUCAACAUCAGCCGAAGCCGAUCCUAGACUCGAAAACAUGUUCCAACAGCAAUGAUGUUCCGUUUGCUUCUUCAUCGUUUGCUGCUAAUGUUCAAAAUUCAACUACUCUUCAGCUUCCGACGUGGAUUACGGCAUCGCCGGAGUGUCGACCGCGACCCGACAUCAACGUUGUCCAGAAUGUAAACAAUAUCUCUAACCCUUCCACUACGUUUGAAGCUUGGGGUGAUGAAGCAACGGCAAGUGACUCUUACUGGAGGGAUAUUAUAGAGUAA